GGUUGUUUAUUUGCACCACGUGUUGGUAUAUUGUAAAUACAGCUCGAAUGAUUACAAGGAUGAGUUUGAACACCAUGCACAUGUUCUGCUUGGUCAGGGCGAAUAACACAAGAAUCAGCAAGACUUCAGAUCACCAUUGUAGUGAUCAGUGUUAAAAAUGCUGAAGUGUCAAGUCAGAACUAACUGACAGCAACAUGAAAGCUUUCCAAACCUUUUAUUAUAGGGAAAACACCAAUAUCGAAUAAUAACACGCUACGUCACGCUAACCCUUCAUUUGCAACCUGAAGUAAAGAUGGGUGGUACUCUGAGUAUAAAUAUUCUUGCUCCGAGGCCCUUAACUUUAGUUUACAUGCAAAACCCGAUUACAUCCAAAACACCAGGACGCACUCAAAAGUGACCACCAAGAUGCUCUGUGUGGGUAUUUUUGUGGGAUUGGUGUUAGAGUCCUGGUCUUUUCCUGUGCAGAACUCCUCUUUGGUCCAUCAGACAAGGCUGAGGAUGAAGAGAGAAUAUGAAGAGCAAUAUGUGGACCCAGAGGAGAUGAAUGCCAUGGACAGGAUCCUCAGAGUAAAUCAACGUAGUUUUCCAUUACGGGAGGGUGACAUAGUGACUUCAGGAUCCCACAGUGCCAUUACAUGUUUAGGAGAUUCUUGCCGCUGGCCCAAAUCUGUUGAUGGUUUUGUGUAUGUGCCUUACAUCAUGUCACCAUUAUAUGAUGAUAUGGACAGAAUCACCAUAGAAACAGGAAUGUUGGACAUUUCCUCUGCAACAUGUGUGAAGUUUGUGCCUCGCACACAUCAAGCAAACUUCCUCAAUAUCCAGCCUAGAUCUGGCUGCUGGUCAUAUCUGGGAAUGAUAGGAGGCAGUCAGACUGUGUCUUUGCAGUCUCCGGGCUGUAUGUGGUCAGGAGUGGCGUCCCAUGAGAUAAUGCACGCUCUGGGAUUUGUACACGAGCAGUCCCGCUCUGAUCGUGACCACUAUGUUUCCAUUCUGUGGGAAAACAUCAUGGAGAACCAAAGACACAACUUUAGGAAGUAUGAGACAAACAACCUCAAAACAGCAUAUGACUACAGUUCUGUCAUGCACUAUGGGAGAUAUGCCUUCUCAGAGGAUGGGGGACCCACCAUCAUCCCUAAACCAGACCCUUAUAUUCCCAUUGGCCAGCGAGACGGACCAAGUCUUCUGGACAUUCACAAAAUAAACAUCUUGUAUAACUGUGGUGGCCUUGUGUGAAACAUAAUUUAUAAAAGAGUUAUAUGGAAUGGACCCACCAUAAUUCACUGGACAACAUUUAUUCACCUUUCCUUUUCAUUUUAUCAUGCGUUGAGAUUUUCAAAUUUUGCAUAUUACAUUUGAAAAUGUAUGUUUUAAACUAAGACAUAAGAUAUAUUUUGAAACAAUUUAGUUAUAACAGAUCAUAUUACAUCCUGUAAACUAUUUAGCACAAUACAGGAAAUGCAUUUUUGGGCCAAUGACAUAUAAAAGUAUCCAUGAUAAACAACAGGAAAAACCUUUUAAAAAGUCUAGUUUUAAACGCGUGUUGUGUUUUUAGAAAUGCACUUUUUUCAUGUUGGUUAUGGUUUACCAUUUUUGACAAAAGUUUAAAUUGAAUGAUCCUUAAAAUGGCAUGUGGUAUAACCAAAAAAAUCCAUAAAAUGCCUUAAAUACAUACUGUAUGUGUGUACACUUUAAUCAUUAUUUUAAAGUUUUUUUUCUCGCAAACAUCAUGAAUUGUUAAUUUAUAAAUAUCAUUAAAGCUG